AUGCUUUGCAAAUACUUCUUUGAAAUUGUGUUGGUGCUGCUGGUCUCACCCAUUGUCUUUUCCCUGGAACUGAAGAUGGUCCCCUUCCAACAAAGAAGGAUGAACAUAAGGAUUUUAAAAUCCUGGAACAAUUUCCAAACGUCGAGAAUUGAGCAAUGCUUACAAUACAGGAAAGAUUUUGGGCUUCCCCAGAUGUUUGUGAAUCUUUAUCAGUACCAGAAAGGACAAGUACUGGCUGUUCUCCAUGAGACAUUUCAGCAGCUACUCAUCCUCAUCAAAGAAAAUUUUGCACUGGAUGGUGGAAAGAAAAACUACCUGGCAAAAAUCCUUACUGAGCUUCAUCAACAGCUACAGUACCUAGAAGGAUUCAUAGAACUGGAAACAAAACAGAGAAAUGGUGCUGUGGGUAGUGAGAACCUCAGAUUACAGAUUAAAAUGUAUUUCACAAGGAUCCAUGACUACCUGGAAACCCAGGAGUACAGUAGCUGUGCCUGGACCAUUGUCCAGGUGGAAAUCAACCGGUGUCUUGUCUUUGUGUUCAGACUCACAGGAAGACUCAGCAAGGAAAAUCAGAGCCCUGAAUAG